AUGACCAUUCCAGGAUUAUUCCAUAUGGAUUAUACUGGGGAAGGUAAAGACCUCCUACUUGUGACCAGCAUCAAGAUCUAUAGCAUUGACAUUACUCUCCACUCACUCCUUGCUUCCACGGCGUCAGGCAUUGGUGAACCAGCUCCCCAACACACUGGCCAUAUCUCUGUCAAGAUUCCAGCCUCAAUCAUGGACCACCGCCUUCCAACAUUACCAAAGAAACUACUCAAGCACGUUGAGCUCUCUGCUCCACCAUCCCCUAUUCUCCAAGAACCCCCUCUGACAGCAUCAUCUCACCAACCACCAACUUUGCUUGAGCAUGUGGACCUCCUUGCAGUGUCCAAUGCGUCUGCAGCAGGACCAAGCCACAUCAGCCCUCCAACACCACAAUGCAGCCUCACUGUCUCUGACUUGCCUGAACCUAGUUACACCAAUUCCAUGUCCUUGCUGACCUCAUUUGAAUGCUCCCCAGUAUUUCUCAGCUUUUUCAACCUGACAGGUGAUUCUGCUCUGGAGUCAAUGAAAUGCCCCGCCAGAGUUGUGGGGAAAAAAAAUGAGCUGUACUGUUAUAGCUUCUCAAUACAUCUUUCCAACAUACUAUAA